GCUGUCCUAUUUUCUUCGCGUAAUGUAUGGGCCAUAAUGUCGGGUUUUGAGGUUGUGGGGGUUGUGCUGGCCAUCUUUCCCUUGGUCAUUGAAGGUCUCAAAUUCUAUGCGGAGGAGAAGGGGCUGGUGAAGGACUUUUUUCGAUAUCGACAUGUCCUCAGGCGUCUCAUUCAAGACCUCUCACGCGAGCAGACCAGCUUUCACAACUCUUGUCAGCGAUUUAUGGAGGAUAUUGCAGCUCAAUGCGGUCUAGGAGAGGACGAGAUCCUAAUGAUGAUGCAUAACCCUCAGGAUCCUCGAUGGAGCGAAGCAGAGCUGUUCUCGGCCAUAGCAAACGAUGCCUUGAAAUCGCGGUCGGUUGCCGCAUACUUGGAUACAGUAAAUGUGAUGAAUGAGGAGCUCGCGAGAAUCCAAGAGCUGGCCGGACUACGUGAGGAUGCACAACCUGAGCUCCUCGAUAAAAGUACCCGCCGCCGCCAGUGGCGAAAGAUUAUCCUAGUUAUUAAAAAAGACGACAUUGCUGGGCAUCUCGACCGAGCUGGCCGGCUCAACAUGUUCCUAGCCCAGCUCACGCAACAAAAUCAAACAACCAUACAGACUCGACGCUCUCGCAGGGCUACCAGGCACUAUAACAGAAUUCGAGCGCACGCAAUCGAUCUCUAUGAGACCUUCCAAAUCAAGUUCCCCAUUGGCUGCAAUUGUGAUCUUGAGCAUAACGUCAACAUGAGACUCGAAUACCGCAGUGCGCAGUCGACAAAUCGCGGGGUAUAUUUCCAUACAAUAUUUUCCUUCAGAACUGCACCUUCGCCAAAUUGGCGAGCGCUGGAACUGGAACCGUGGGAAACAAAACAAGAGCUAUGCCAAGAGGCUAAAUCGCGCAAAGGUGUAUCGUUUAUGAUGGAUCUACAAGGUCCAUCUUCUUCGGAUACAGCUGGAAAGGAAAUUCUGAAUCUUUGUGAAACGAUCAUCAGACCAGUUCAAUCGAAGGAGUGGCUCGGUUAUAUCGCCAAUCGCCAGGGUCGACAACACCGCAUCCGUGCCUUAGAUUACCUUCAUCAGAUACAUAACAUAAAGCUCGUUCUGCUAGAGGACAUGCUUGAUGAUCCUGAUUUUCGGUUGAAGGAUCGAUGUCGGCUAGGUCUGCAACUAGCAUCAUCUGUGAUGCAAUUACACACUACUCAGUGGUUGACUGACCAAUGGAGCAAAAAAGACAUCUUCUUUAUUCGGACUUACGACGGGUCAAUUGACUUUCGCCAUCCUUUAGUUCGAUGCAAUUUUGGCGCACCUGAAGUGCCCUUAUCUCAGUUAUCUUUGAGUGAUCCCUCGAAAAUCGGGGUUGGAAACGUUCCAUGCCUAUUCUCCCUGGGUGUUGUUCUUUUAGAACUUUUCUAUCGACAGAGAUUUGAAGAUAUGAAGCUUCCUGACGAAAAAUUUCUGCCACAACCCUUCUCAAACAUUGCCGCAGCGAAACGGCUCGCUAAUAAGUUGGACUGUAGUGCCAACUACAGCAAAGCUGUUAAAAGAUGCAUUGGUGGACUCGAUGCAGCUUUCUCGUCUCUAGAAGAGGAUCAAUUUAGGAACGAGGUUGACGAGAAGAUUGUUCUUCCGUUGGAAGAAGAUUUGAAAUUCUACUGUGACAAAAAGGUCGUGGAAGAUUGCAUAUAG